AAACUCGAAACUGUUACAGGCCGCGCACCCCGUCCAGCGCGCAGCGACGACGGCGAAGAGGGACUUGUUCCCCGUUCGCGUUUAGGCCGUCAGCUCCGUGACGACGCGCACGGCGUCGCUGAGGUUCUGGACCUCCUCGGCGCGCUCGUCGGGCAGCUCGACGUUGAACUCCUCCUCGAUCUUCAUGACCAUCUCGACAACGUCGAGCGAGUCCGCGCCGAGGUCCGAGGCGAAGGACGCCUCGGGCGUGAUCGACGACUGCUCGACGCCGAGCUGCUCGGCGACGAUCUCCUUGAGCUUGUCCUCGACGGAAAACCGGGCCGUCACGCGCGAGACGGACGCCGGGCGCAUGAACGCCGACGAGGCGCCGAGCGCGAGGGCGACGAGGAUUGACCGGAGCUGCAUCGUGGCCUGCGGUGACGAGGACGGGUGAGUGCGCCGUCCCGACGAGGGCGUCGGUGUGCGGCGCGUCUGCAAUGCCGCCGUCGCCAGGUCUCCGGACGCGCCGCGUUCGACGGGCGCGCGCCGACGAGUGUUGGAUGACCGAGCAUGCAAUUCGCAUUGCUGCAGUGGGGAGAGCGCUGCUGCGGCUGCGGCAGGGCGGCUUGGCUUGCAGGUUACGAUCCAGCGCGCGCGGCACUGCUCAAUAGCAUGCAGGAUCCCUGACGCUAGGGCAAAGCCAACACUCAUCGCGGCGCACCGUACUUCCGGCUGCGCACCGUCUGGUAGGCGUGCGGCACCCUGACGACAUCGCAGUUGCAUUACGGACGCGGGAGGCAUGCAAAUAGGUCGUCAAAAACAGCAAGCGAUGGCUACGUAGUGCUACGCAGUGCGAUUUGGCCACGAUCCGAUACGCCCGCUCUGGGCUAGACAGAGAGUCCCAGACCUCUAGGCACGAGAUCCGGGCCCAAGCGCGACGUGAGCUCGCCUGAGACCCCGCCCCGCGCACCGCGCUUCAACAGCCGCACAGCUAGCCCGCCAACGCCAUCGCCGUAAAAGAAGAACUACACACAAACUCACAUC